AUGGCUGCUGUUGAAGUACCUAUCGUACCGGAUAGGACUAUCCCUUUGCUAAAUGGUCAUGCACAAAGUCAUGCACCGGUCGGUGUGUCGACAGAUAUCAAAGGCCCGGCUGCGACCACUAUCAUAGAGAAAACAGAGGAGGUUGCCCCGCAAGGAAGACCUGUUUUUGAGAUAGAGGAACACCCGGUUGAUGAAGUUCGAAAUAUCAAAGUUGGUGUCAUCGGUGCCGGCAUAGCUGGUGUUACUGCUGGGAUACUUUUGCCGGCUAAAUUACCAGGCCUUGACCUCCGGAUCUUCGAUAAGAAUGCGGACGUGGGAGGCACAUGGUACGAAAACACAUAUCCUGGUGUGCGAUGCGAUGUUCCAGCACAUGUAUACCAAUCUGGAUUUGCACCGAACACGCAAUGGACGGAGGAGUUCGCACAGGGACACGAAAUUCGGGAAUACUGGCAAGGGCUUGCCCGCAAGUACCAAGUUUACAAAUAUAUACGGCUGCAACACAAGGUAGAAGAAGCCGUAUGGGUCCCUGAAACAGGAAAAUGGCGUGUCACCGUCCAGGACGUCGGCAUAGGAAGGGUAUAUAUCGAACAUCUUGACGUCCUGAUUAAUGCGAUCGGUCACUUCAAUGAUUGGAAACUACCCAACUAUCCUGGCAUCGAUCAAUACACGGGUACCAUUUUCCAUUCCUCCCACUGGAAACAUGACGCCGACUUGAAAGGAAAGCGAAUUGCUCUUAUUGGCAAUGGGGCAUCCGGCCUCCAGGUUCUGCCUUCAAUUCAACCGAUUGCACAGCACGUCGAUCACUAUGCGCGUAACCGCACCUGGGUUGCAGACUCAUUUGGCACUACGGGUGUGCGCCGACUCGAGCCGAAUUUGUUCUCUCCCGAACAGCUCGAAUCAUUUAAAGACCCUGACACAUAUAUCAAAUAUCGCAAGAGUGUGGAAGAAGGAUACUUCUCACGCUUUGGUGCAAUCUUUAAAGACUCGCCGGAGAAUCGCGCACAACGAGACACGUGGACACAAUUAAUGCUUCAGCGCAUCACUGAGAAGCCGGAACUAGCAGACAAAAUUCUACCUGAGUUUCCGCCAAACUGCCGGCGAGCUACACCAGGGCCUGGUUAUCUAGAAGCCCUGGCAAAGGAUAAUGUGAACUACAUACAGACGCCUAUCGAACGAUUCACAGCAACGGGCAUUGUGACGGCAGAUGGCAUUGAGAGGCCCGUUGAUGUCGUGAUUUGCGCGACUGGUGCCAAUGUUGACCAUGCGCCUCCGUUUUCGAUUAUUGCGAAUGGAAUAGAUCUAAAGAAAGCCUGGAAACACGAUGGUUUGUGGGGAUUCCCCUAUAAUUACCUUGGUAUCGCAACACCAGGCUUUCCAAAUCUUCUUUGGAUCGGCGGUCCUCAUGCCACAGGCCAUAGCGGAAGCGUCCCGAAUAGCAUGGAGAACCUGGUUACUUAUAUUGCUAAGGUCUUGCGAAAGAUCCGCAGCCAGGGGAUCAAGUCAAUGGCUCCGUCUAAACAAGCCACUGACGACUUUGUCGAAUACUCUGAUACAUUCUACCCUCGCACCGUAUGGACGGGUAAUGAUGACUCGACCCCUGGACAGAAGAACUGUCGAUCCUGGUAUAAUGGUGGCCGUCCUGGGGGACGGAUCCAUGGCCUGUUCCCUGGAAGCGCUGCCACAUUAAACUAUAUCCGACGGGAACCACGAUGGGAGGAUUGGGAUUAUGCCUAUGUCAACCCUAGCGGCAAUCGAUUCGCGUAUUUUGGUAAUGGCUGGACCACAAGAGAACGGUCUCUGGACGCAGAUUUGGUGCCGCAUGUGAAGCGGCCUGACACAAUAGAUUUUCGCACGUAUAUGGAGGGUUGGUGGGACGUUUGA